AUGAACUCCGGCAAGAGAAAGAUGACGAACGUUGUCGGCGGGGCUGCCGAGCAAACGCCGGCAAACAACCAACUUCAUUUCUUUAGUAGUCUCCCGAGCGACCUCCACUUUGCACCUCCGGCCGACGGCGGCCGCCAGUCGCAGGUGCAGCAGAUACUCAACACUGCCGCCGCCGCCCGGCCACGCAAACCAUUCUCCUUUACAUCCCUGCUGACGGCCGACGAUGAUGAUUACGUGGACCCCCUCGCAGAGGAGAUCAGAAACCAGCGGGAACAAGUCAAUCAAAUCAUCUUGCUCCACGUAUCACACUUUUUUUUUCCAUAUAUACUACUUUAA